AUGCCAUUAAAUACAGCUAGAGCCCAUUUCUCGAACGACCAGCGCCGGCAGGUUGAACGGGCCUCGCUGUUGCGAGUACAAGAGGCGGGAUUAUUUCGUGAUGUUCCGUUUGAACAUCUGUUCCUUUCCGGCCAGGAGCACAGGGAGAAGAAUGUUGUCAAGUUACGCAAUGGCUUCUCCGAUUUCAUUGAUCUCAUGCUGAGCCCGUCGGCACUGGAGACCAUGAGCGAAGUACACAUCCUCUCAGUGAACUGGUCAGCCUCGUACAUAAGAGGCGUGCUGAGCAGGGAAGACAUCUCGUCGAUCAUUGCGAACGAUAUCAACCCAGCCGACGGCUCCAUCAAUACGCUGCCAGCCAUCUCUGAUGACAUCGCUCCGAGUGACUGGCCUAGCGUCCUUGCUGUCGGUUCGGAUAAGUUAUCAGCAUUGCGAUGCCUCCACCGGCGACAGCAGAAGGCCAAGCCGAGGCAGUCAGUUGAGAUCGUCUACUUUGGUGACUCAACAACAGAUCUUGAGUGCCUUCUCGAAUUCGGCGGCAUUGCGAUAUCUCCCAAGGCUGAAACAGCACAAAGGACCGACACAAAGACCACAGACCCCAGCAGGACGGCAGUCAAUGGUAGCGACCUCCUACACGUGUUGCAAACAAGGCUCAAUUACAAUGUCCCUCAUGUUUCCGAGUACAAGGACGAGCCUAUCUGCUGGGCUCGCGACUUUGCCGAAAUAAAGGGGAGCGGCUUCCUGCAGAAACGGGCCGCGAACACACAAUCAACAAAGGCCUGA